CACCUUCUCCCAUUCCACAAAUACCCAUUCUCUCAACUUGGCUCGGUCUUAUAUUUCGUGCACUGACCACUAUCUGCCUGCGUUUGACCUGAAUACCUAAUUGCCCGACAAUUGUUCCUGAACAUCAUCGAAGUCCACCAAGACGACAGUACUGUCAUCGCCUGACUUGCCGAGGCUGAAAUUCCCAACGUAAACCAGUCACGCCCAACCUGCGACCCUCAAACACAGUCUCCAAGAGCAAGUUACUGCGCUGCGAGUUUCGCCAUCGCAUGGUCUUCUAAAGAAUACGUCAUAUGGGUCUUGAUGAGUCAAAAGCAUAAUACCUUGGCCUCGACACAUUGACUACAAUGUCAGUCCAAUAUACUGUCACUGAACGCCGAAAGCGAACUACCAACUCUGGAGGCUUCGGUCAUUCCGGCAAUAGGUCGACGUUUGGUUAUUGGGUGCCAUUGACACUCACUGUCACUGCUGCCGUAAUCGGUAUAGCUGCUUGGAUAUGGAGUGAACGCCACGAUGAUGAAGAAGACUAUCCAAGUGAAGAUGAGCACUACCCUGGUGCCCCUGGUGGAGUUCCGCCCCCAGGUUAUGCAAACAUGAGUGGCGGCUUGCCUGUACAAUCUCAACAGUCCACUGGAAUACAAGGCCCACCACCGGGUGUCCAGGGCUAUCAAGGGCCCCCAGGCCCAGGACCUACACAGCCAGGGGGAUUCGGCGGCCCGCAGGUGCCGCAGGGGUUCCAACCUCCCCCCGGGACUGGAGCUCCUGACGCUGGGCCAGAGUAUCGAUCCUCGAGAUCUGCUCCUAAUGACUGGGCAAGCAAGACUUUUGCAGCUGGAGCAGCUGGUGUUGCCGCCGCCGGAGCCAUGGUCGGUGGUGCCAUCAAUUCAUUUACUGGAGGUGGAACCUACGAAGAUCACGAGCGGUGGAGUGAAGAGGCUUCCCAAAGGCAGAACAAUGAAGAGAUUAAACAAGGAAUCAGACGACGCGGAACUGCGGAUGAGUUCUUCUCAGGCAGUGUUGGUUUACCAAAGUUAGCUUCUACUAUGAACAGCAAACGAAAGACGGUCGUUGUCGUCGUAUCGGCCUUAGAAAAGGACACACCUGACUCCAGCGAGUUUGGAAACCAUGCUUCAAUUCUUGCACAUCUUCCCGAGUACAUUGACCCAGACAAGGCAAGAAUCUUUGUGCUGAUCUACGCUCCGGACCUUAAAAUACACCCCUCGAGUGCUGUCGCUGGGAGAAGGCCGUCUCAAUCGAUGGCUUCAUCUUUCUCCAACAUCAGCCACAAGGAUGUUCAAACACCAGGACAGACGCCAGGCGAAUUUCCGUCUGAUGGCAUCCUGACUCAGGUUGAGCCGAACCCUAUCGAUGAGGCUUCACCUCUAUACAAGGACUUGCACAACCAAGCAAUGUCGCUCGUCGAUAAGGAUAGUAUGAUCAUCCCCUUUGCAUCCCAGAAUGGACACAAACACGUCUUGCGCAGCCUAGCACCAGAAAUUGUCUACAUUCAAGAAUCACUCUGUGGCUCAGAAGGAGAAAUUGUGUCUGAUCUCUCUGGAUGGGUUCGACAGACUGUGGUCGUGAUCGGUGAUGAAGGCGGACAAGGUGGACUGAUUGACACCGAUGAUGAGUCUACUGUCACGGUCCAGAAGGAGACUUGGUGGCAGAAGGAAGAGCGAACUGGCCUAGGCAAGCGUGUGGCCGUAGUUGAGAGUCUCAAAAUUGGCGAUGACUGGCAAAGGCGAGUCAAUGAGCGUGAUUAAUGGGAUUGAUCUGGUACCGACAUAUAAAGAUGGUGCAGCGUAAUCCAGUCCCCCUUUUUAGGAUGACGUGCCCCUUUUUGGUGACACAGAAUGUUUAUUGUCGACCACGUUUCCAAAGUGUGCAACUACGCUCAAGCAUAUUCUCAGUCUGGUAUUAAACUAAAUCCCUCUAAGUAUACGAAGUAGAUGUUUUAAGAAAAUGACCAUUAUAUACCU